AUGGCCGAUGUACGCAAACUCCUCCAAGCAGAACGCCGACUCCGAGAAACAGCCAAAUCCAAGCCCGACCGGCCAGUGCCGGGCAAUUCCCGCGCCCCAGCAAAACGAUCUCUUACUGAGCUUGAUGAGGCUGUAGCAGAAGCCACAAAACGACCAAGAACCACAAAACCCUCCAACACGGCUUUCUACGAUGCAGAUGGUACAGAGGCAGUUAAAACAGUUAGGGGUGACAACACAUCCCCACAGAAUCAAAGGGAAACUGCAGUUGUAGAAAGGGACGACGCGUCUAUGGCAGGGGCGUCGGACACUAAAGUCAACUCGUCAACACUACCUUCAGGCUUCUUUGGAGCAGGAUCGGCGGUACCGAGUAACGCACAGGUCGAGGUAGAUGAGGAUGAGUGGGCCGCCUUUCAAGCUGAUGUAGUGGAACCUGUCGCGCCCGUAACGUCCUCAGUCAUGGUUAUUGAGGCGGCGCCGACAACAAGCAAUCCUGCUGCAGCUGCUCCCGACGAACAGGACGUUGUGGAUGACUAUGCCAGGGGAGAGGAAGAAGACGCAAAGCAGAAGCUUCUAGAUGAGUUUGAAGAGAUGGAAGGGCUGGAGCAGCGGGUACUGCGCCUGAAGGAGAGACGAGAAGCGCUGAAGAAUAAAACUCCUGUAGGGAUGGAGUUAGCGGUAGAUCAGGACGAUCCAAGCGCUGAAGAAGAUGAAGAUGAUGAUGAAGACGACGACGACGAUGAUUUCUUCCGGGUUAGAGGGUCAUAG